GCUGGCGUCACGCUUAGCACACUGGUGAAUACGGCACGUAUAGAGACGUAAACGGAGCACACCGUGUACUUCGAAGAAUCCGCGUUUAGAGUGCGCGUGCGAGAGGGAUAGACAGUGCAAACCGGCUGCUACUUCGACUUCUUUCAUCUCUUUAUAUUCGUACUUAGUGAAACAGCAUGGCCGAGAGCAAAGGAUCGCUCAUUGCCAAAUCCGUGCAAAAGCACGCUGGCAGAGCUAAAGAAAAGUUCCUACAGAACUUGGGCAAGGUCGACAAAACGGCGGACGACAUAUUCGACGAGCACCUGCAGAACUUCACGAGGCAACAGAACGCGGCGAAUCGGCUGCAGAAGGAAUUCAAUAACUACAUCAGGUGUAUCCGAGCGAUGCAGCAGGCGUCCAAGACGCUGAUGGACUCGCUGAACGAGAUCUACGAGAGCCAGUGGACCGGCCACGACAUGCUCUACGUGCAGGCCCAGAAUCUCGACAUGCUCUGGCAGGACUUCGCUCACAAGCUGGCCGAUCAAGUGCUCGUGCCGCUCAACACCUAUCAGAGCCAGUUCCCCGAGAUGCGGAAAAAGAUCGACAAGCGCGGUCGCAAGCUCGUCGACUACGACAGCCAGAGGCACAACUUCCAAGCGCUGCAGUGCAACCCCAAGAAGCGCGACGAGCUCAAGGUGUCCAAGGGCAAGGAGCUGCUCGAUGAGGCGAAGCGCACCUAUGAGCAGAUGAAUUCCGAACUGCACGACGAGCUGCCAGCUCUGUUCGACUCGCGCGUUCUCUUCCUGGUCACCAAUCUGCAGACGCUCUUCGCAGCCGAGCAAGUCUUCCACACCGAAAGCGCCAAGGUCUAUUCGGAGCUCGAGGCGAUCGUCGACAAACUGGCCAAUCAACGAGGCUCGUACACGCAUAAGAAGAGCUUGUCGCAGCCGCAGUCGCCCAAGUCGCCCAACGCCAACUCGUCACUCAUCAUCAACACGCAACCACCACAGAACAACAUCUCAGCAGCGAGCACAAACGACUCGACCCCGGUGUCAGCCGAGUCGUCGUACGAACACGAGGCGGCGACGCCGGUUGAGCACUCGGUGGCAGUGGCGCCCGUUGUCGCGGCGCAGCUCAACGGCAACGCCAACAACGGCAACGCCAGCGCCAAUAACAGCAAUAACGACAGCGCAGCCUCGCUCAAUAAUCAGGAGGUCUCGCAGCCGCAAAACUGCCCAAAGUCCCAUGCCAAUCGUGGCGUCGAGGAGCUAUACGACAUUCCCGUCGAGGUGGAAUAUGAAAAUGGUAUCCAUUUAUCUGCAGGGGCGACAACUGACAAUCUACCACCGGGAGUACUCUACAGGGUUAAGGCCACUUACAAGUAUAAUCGCGAGGACAUUGACGAGCUGUCGUUCGAGGUCGGCGAAAUCAUUCGCGUUGUCGAAUAUGACGAUCCUGAAGAACAGGAGGAAGGUUGGUUGAUGGGUAUAAAGGAGGGCACAGGCGAGAAGGGCAUGUUCCCUGCGAAUUUCACGAAGCCGCUGUGAAGCCUGCAAGCGAUCCAACAGCAGAUAGCCGCACGCAGCCAACUCAGCUCUUUGCCGAGGCGCUCGGCCACCAACGUGCCUUAAAUCAGCCCAGCCACUGUCUGUGCCAAUCGACGACAACCGCUCGUCGUUUAAUUCGAUCCCUUCCCUCCUCUUCCAUCCCUUCUCCACCCAUUUUUUAUCCCUUAUCGAACGCGCACCGAGCAUCACUCAUUUGUUGUUAGUAUUAUCAUUGCUUUUUUUCUCUCUCGAUCGAACUGCCGGGCUCGGUGCACCUUCGACUCGAAAGUCUUGUAUAGCAGCGGGUCAUCGUCGUUAGCUUCGCGCGCGAGAGAGCUCCAGCCCAAUGGAAUCGCUAGCGACUCGCUCUUUGAGAUUGUAUAUUUUGUACGAAUUAGCUUCGCCUGCGUGUUUUCGAGGUGAUUAUAAAUUGACGGUUAUAAUCGAGCGAGUCGCUCUCGAGCGAGAUUAUUACGCUGGAAUUUUCCAAUGUCCCGCUGCUACUGAGAAUCACUACCGCGUUAUAUAUAUAUAUAUAUGUAUGCAUAUAUAUAUAUAUAUAUAUAUAUACAUAUGUAUACAGUGUCUGUGUACACCACACGUGUACGUGUCAAUGUACAUGUCGCCAAUCAAAUUGAGUUUAUUGCACGCGCGAGCGAUGAGCUAAAUGAAAUACACUAUAUGCGCGUAUGUUGAGUAAUAAUGAAGUAUCUUAUGCGGAAAAGUCUAUUAUUGAUAAAUUAAUAUUAUUUUAUGGAUUUGUACAUAGGACUACCUGUAAAUCGUAAGACUAUUAUUAUCAGGAGAUUCGUCCACUCGCGCGAGCCGAGAUCGACUUCAUUUUUGUUUUCGUUCAUUGAAAAGAUUCUUUUUAAGAAUAGUAUUUUUUUCUUGUUUGACGCCGAAUCGACAAUGAUUCGAGCCUAGGUCUGUGAAAGUUAAAUUUCUUUUUUUGGAGAGCUCAUCCAUAUACCUUCUCAUCGAAAAUAUGACACAUCUUCAUCAUUAGGAGAUAAUCAAUUGUAUAGCGUGUGGACGAAUUGUGAAAUCUUAUACGAUCGAUUGUAUUCAAUCCAUGAUUUCGAAAGAUGAUGUCCAGAAAGAAAAAAUAAAAGAUUUUGUAAUCAAUUUACCCAUCUGAAAGAUUCAUCUAACGGUCACGAAUUAUUAACUUGGAUCCUAUUUUGAUUGUUUUUUUUUUAUAAACGCGUAAAAAGUAUAUAAGCUUCUAAACGUUGAUGUUUGCACAUCGAUGCCCAAUAAUGAAUUGACUAAAACGACUUCACCUUUACGAGUUUAAAUAAUUAUAAUGAUUAAUAUUAAUUAUUAAUAAACUUCAUAACGAGAAAACACUUGAGUAUUGUAUCAAACCCCUGUUUGUAAUGUAAUUGCGACAAUAUAAACUUUAAAACGAGAAACAGUAAAGCGAGUCAGUGAACGUCAUGAACGAGUUCGCAUGAAUGUUUUUAUUCCGUUAUAUAAUUUAAGAAACGACAAAUUAUAGUCAAGAUGGAUUGUUCUUUUAUACAAAUUUUCAAAUGUUUAAGUUGAAGGAUCGAAUCAUUGUUACGCCUAAGAGCUUGAUCUAUAUAUUUAAAUCUUCAAUGGCUGAAUCUUUCUUUCUAUGUUGAAAGAAGAAGGCCAAUCAACGAAAGACUGGUGUCAAUUAUUCGAGAUAUAUGUCAGUACGUGAAUAAUGCCAAAUCUUUUAUGCUUCCUGUUGAAAAUUUUGUAAGAUUUUACACGUACACGCGUUUUUAUAGGCCAAAGUAUAUACAACAGCGGGUGAAAGUAUAUUUACUCUACCUAAUUAAGCGAUAAUCAAUCAUGCAGUCUUCAUUUUGCGAGUAAGCUUUAUUCUCUGUAGAAAAACCCUCGAAACAAAACAAACAAAAAUUCGGUGUAACUAUGAAAUCGAUCGUUGUUAUAUCGUUUGUCAUAUUUAUGUCGUGUUGUCUAAUUUUACUUUAGCCAUAUUUGCAAGUGUAUAACCAUAGAAAUAGCUAUAAAUGAUACAAAAGAAUAAGUAAUAAUUAUAGUACAAUAAAGUAGCAAGUGU